AUGCAGGUUUCCCUUAGGAUUGGCCUCCUCUUAGCCUUCCUAGCCAGAGGGACUGCUCUGCAAUGUGAAGUUUGCACAGGUCUUGGCCACAACUGUACUGGUGAAGUGGAAACAUGUCCUCCAAAUCAUGAUUUUUGUGCCAUCAGUAUGUUUGAAACUGAACGGGAAGAAAUAAAAGUUCAUGGUCUUGUUAAAAACUGUGUUCCAUCCACUGUCUGUGAAGCUGGUUCUGCUGAUAUUAACUUGGGUAAAAAAGGAAGAUCGCGGACAGGUGUUUUUUGCUGCAAAGGCGAUGCUUGCAAUACAGUUUCUUCUGCCAAACUGCCACUUCUAGAUCUCAGACUCAAUGGUCUGCGGUGCCCAGCGUGCUAUGCUUCAUCUUCUGAGUCAUGCAAUGAUGAUGUAGUUGACUGUGUUGGAUCAGAGUCUCACUGUAUUGAUUUGGUUGGAUAUGUAUACACAGGUGAAACAUCAGAGAAAGUGGCCAUGAAGGGCUGUGCAACUCAGGCGGUCUGUGAUGCUACUGUAGGAGGUGCAGCCACUUUUACUGGGGUCAGCUCAGCUAUCACAAAGCUUGAAUGCAGAGCAGCCAGCAGCAUUGCCAGCCUACCUUCUAGACCUUCUGGACUCUUUCUUUCAGCCAUUUUUGGGCUCUUGGUGAUUCAGCUCUCAUCCUAA